AGUUUGGUGAGGUCAACAGGAAAGCAUCUCAGGAACAUCUACCAAUGCAUGCAUGGCUAGUCCUACAUCUACCAAUAUGCAUGCAGCCUCCCUUCUCUAUAUAACUUGCCUGGAUGUUGCAAGCCAUUACACUUGUGUCUCUCCACACACUUGGGAAAACCAUCCCUGUGCCCUUCUCUAGCUCAUCAUCAUGACGAUCGCCUUCGCCGUGCGCCGGCGCGACCCGGAGCUCGUCGGCCCGGCGAGGAAGACGCCGCGCGAGACCAAGCGCCUGUCCGACAUCGAGGACCAGGUUGGGCUGCGCUGGCACGUGCCGUUCGUCCUCUUCUACCGCGGCCGCCGCGGCGGCGGCAACCCGGCCGCCGCCGUCCGCCGCGCGCUCGGCGAGGCGCUGGUGCCGUACUACCCGCUCGCCGGGAGGCUGCGGGAGGUGGACGGGCGGAAGCUGGUCGUCGACUGCACCGGCGAGGGCGUGCUGUUCGUGGAGGCCGACGCCGACGUGCGGCUCGCCGAGCUCGAGGCCGCCGGGCUCACGCCGCCGUUCCCGUGCAUGGACCAGCUGCUCUUCGACGUCGAGGGCUCCGGCGGCGUGCUCGGCUGCCCAUUGCUGCUCAUCCAGGUGACCAGGCUGCGAUGCGGCGGCUUCGUCUUCGCACUGCGCCUGAACCACACCAUGUGCGACGCCGUGGGCAUCGUCCAGUUCAUGUCCGCCGUCGGCGAGCUCGCACGCGGCCUGCCGGCUCCGACCGUCGCGCCCGUGUGGUCCCGAGAGGUCCUCGACGCCCGGAGCCCGCCGAGGCCGUCGUUCCCUCACCACGAGUACGACCCGGUGCCGCCGACGCCGUUCCCGCCGCCGGGCGACAUGGUCACGCGCACCUUCACCUUCGGCCCCGGCGACGUCGCGGCGAUCAAGAAGGGCCUGCCGGUGCCGCGGGGUGAGAAGAAGGCCACGACCUUCGAGGCACUCGCGGCGCUCAUCUGGCGUGCCCGCACAGCCGCGCUGGAGAUCCCGGCCGGCGAGGACGCGCGCCUGGUCGUCGCGGCGGGCGUCCGGGGCGUGCGCGACCUGGCGCUGCCCGCCGGCUACUACGGGAACGCGUGCGUGUACCCGGCGGCGGUGUCCGCCGCCGGCGCGCUGCGGGGCAGCCCGCUGGGCGACGCGGUGGCGCUGGUGCGGGCGGCGAAGGAGGAGGCGGCGAGCGCCGAGUUCGUGCGGUCCACGGCCGACCUGAUGGAGCUGCGCGGGCGGCCGUCGCUGGCGCUGGCGAACAUGUUCAUCGUGUCGGACAACCGGCACGCGGGGUUCCGCGGCGUCGACCUGGGGUGGGGCGAGCCGGUGUACGGCGGCCCCGCGGGCGCGCUGUUCGUGCUCAGCUUCAUCGUCGCCGUCCGGAACGGCGACGGGGAGGACGCCAUCGCCGUGCCCGUCGUGCUGCCGCGGCAAGCCAUGGCCCGGUUCGUGUCCGAAGUCGGCAUGCUGUUGAAGAGUUAGUGCCGGCGUUCAGCCAUGUGUUUAAUUUGGUGUACGUGUUAGAUUGUCUGUGGUGCAGGCCCUAGAUGGAAGCCUUGGCGUGAAUGUCUUAGCAAGUGCAAACUUAUGAAAAUAAUAAGAGUGCUAAAGCUUAAAAUGAA